GGGCGGUGCCCCGGCCGCCGGCAGCCUCGCGUCCGCGCCCGGAUCCGCCGCGCUCCGCACUCGGGCAGGCGGGGCGCACCCGCCGCGCGCAGAAUGUGGCAGCCGACACGGCCCCGGCCCCGGCCCCGGCCCCGGCCCCGCGCGCCCUGGCGCUGGGCGCUGGCGCUGCUGGCCCUGGGCGGCGCGGGGCUGUGCCACGCCAGCCCGCAGUCCGGGUACCCCGCGCGGCCCAGCGCCAGGAGCAAGAACUGGUGCGCCUACAUCGUGAACAAGAACGUGAGCUGCUCUGUGCUGGAGGGAAGCGAGAGUUUUGUGCAGGCUCAGUACAACUGUGCCUGGAGCCAGAUGCCCUGCCCGUCCGCGCUGGUGUAUCGAGUGAGCUUCAGACCCAGAUACGUCACUAGGUACAAGACAGUGACUCAGUUGGAAUGGAGGUGCUGCCCUGGCUUCAGAGGGGGAGACUGCCAAGAAGGUCCCAGAGAUGCCAUGAAGACUCCCCGCCCCACGCCCGCUCGGCCUCGAAACAGCUUGAAGAAAGCCACAGAUAAUAACGAACCAAGCCAAGUCUCAGAGCCCAAGAAGACUUUGUCCCCAAUGGACACGGCACAUCCCAACCGGGUGGUGGACCCAAAACAGGGGCCCCAAGAACUUCAGGAAAAGAAAAUUCAGGUGCUCGAGGAGAAGGUUCUCCGACUCACAAGGACGGUUCUGGACCUCCAGUCCUCCCUCGCUGGAGUGAAUGAAAACCUCAGACAUGCCAUUCAGGACGAUGCCAGUAAAACGCGGGCCUCGGGGUUUGGUAACCAGCAUCCGCCUGACGGCACCGUUAGGGGAGACACAGAAGCGGUCCGGCGUCCUGCCAUUCCCAGCACUAAGGAAUCUGGCAUGAAGGACAUCAAGUCAGAAUUGGCCGAAGUCAAAGAUACUCUGAAGACCAAGAGCGACAAGCUGGAAGAACUGGAUGGGAAGGUGAAGGGUUAUGAAGGGCAGCUCAGACAGCUCCAGGAGGCUGCCCAGGGCCCUACGGUGACCAUGACCACCAACGAACUCUACCAAGCCUACGUGGAUAGUAAGAUCGACGCCCUGAGAGAGGAACUCAUGGAGGGAAUGGACAGGAAGCUGGCUGAUCUGAAGAACUCGUGUGAGUACAAGCUGAUUGGCCUCCAGCAGCAGUGUGACGACUAUGGCAGCAGCUACCUGGGGGUGAUAGAGCUGAUAGGGGAGAAGGAAACAAGCCUGAGAAAAGAAAUAAAUGACCUUCGGGCCCGGCUGCAGGGGCCUUCAGGCCAACCAAAUUGCUGUGAUGGCGACAAGAACGGUGACCUUGGUCAACAGAUCAAGACGUUAGACCAGAAAAUUGAGAGAGUUGCCGAAGCCACCAGAAUGCUGAAUGGACGCCUGGACAAUGAAUUUGACCACCUCACAGCUCCAGAACCAGAUGUGGACUUUGAUGCGAGAUGGAACGAACUGGAUGCAAGGAUCAACGUGACAGAGAAGAACGCCGAAGAACAUUGCUUCUACAUUGAGGAAGUCCUUCGGGGAGCCAUCAACGGAGAGGUGGAUGACUUGAAGCAACUUGUUGAUCAGAAAAUACAGUCUCUGGAAGACCGUCUGGGGAGCGUUCUCCUCCACACGGCCAAUGACACUGAUUCAGAAUUCACUGCCCCAGGGUCAGCCUUGCCGGGGUUGUCAGGGUCAGGGGACGAACAGGUCAUGAUAGAAUUAAACCACCUGAAGGACAAGGUUCAAGUUGUUGAGGACAUUUGCCUGCAGACCCUCCAGAGAGAGCCCCAUGAGAUCGAAGGUACUUUGCCAAAUGGGAAAGACCACGCAAUGCGUGACAGCUUGCGCCUUUUGAAGUCUCUGAAUGACACGAUGCACAGGAAGUUUCAAGAAACUGAACGUAGUAUCCAGAAACUUCGACAGGAUUUCAGUUUUCUUUAUUCUCAACUAAACCACACAGAAAACGAUGUGACUCAUCUUCAGAAUGAAAUGAGAGAUUGUAGAGCAGGUAAAAAUGCUGGAAUGGGUGGGUUCACUAAGGUGGGUGAGCAAGAGAGGACAGCGGAGACCCUCCCAUCCCCCCAGGACCCCAUGGCUCAUUGCUGUGGUCAGCUGGAGGAGCGGUGGCAGAGGCUCCGGGACCAGAUCCUCUCUGAGCUGGACACCUGCAGGGAAAGUACACAUGGCGUCCAGAGGGAGGUCUCCGUGGUCGAGGGCAGGGUGUCUCACAUGGAGAAAACGUGCAGCAAGCUGGACUCCGUCUCGGGGAGUCUUCAGAGGAUCAAGGAGGGACUCAACAAGCACGUCAGCAGCCUGUGGAACUGUGUCAGGCAGAUGAAUGGGACGCUCAGGUCGCACUCCAGAGACAUUUCUGGCCUGAAGAAUUCAGUCCAGCAGUUUUAUAGCCAUGUUUUCCAGAUUUCCACUGAUUUGCAAGACCUGGUCAAAUUUCAACCCUCAGCAACCGAGGAACCCUCAGAAGCACCCCAGCCUCCAGGCCAAGGGAAGGCCCCUUCACUGCCAGAAGCCACCACGGAGCCCACACAGCCAGCAUCCACCCCGCUGCCACCACUGCCAAGGCCCAGUGGUCCCCAACUCCCGGAGGACGUCAAACAACGGCCACACACGGGCCAGUGGCCUGUCCUUCCCCAGAGGCCCGUGCAGCCACGGCCCCCUGAGGAGAAGCUGCCCCCGCUGGUGCGGCCUGGCUGGACAGGAGUGUCCUCCUUGCCGGGCUCCACGGGGGUCAUCAUGGAGACUGGUGAAGCUGGGCCUCCGGGGAGGAUGGGCAUGUCGGGGAGGGGCCUGCCCCAGGGAGUAGAUGGCCAGACCGGACAGGGUCCUGUCCCAAGCGCUGAAGGCUACGCGGGAGCACCAGGAUACCCCAAGUCACCCCCUGUGGCCUCCCCAGGCGUUCCAGUGCCUUCUCUGGUGUCUUUUUCUGCUGGCCUUACCCAGAAGCCUUUCCCCAGUGAUGGGGGCGUCGUCCUCUUCAACAAAGUGCUGGUGAAUGAUGGAGACGUUUACGACCCUAGCACCGGGGUCUUCACGGCGCCAUAUGAUGGACGCUACCUGAUCACAGCCACCCUUACCCCCGAGAGAGACGCCUACGUGGAAGCGGUGCUGUCGGUUUCCAAUGCCAGCGUGGCCCAGCUGCACACAGCUGGGUACAGGAGAGAAUUCCUGGAAUACCACCGCCCCCCAGGGGCUCUGCACACCUGUGGGGGCCCAGGGGCGUUCCACCUCAUUGUGCACUUGAAGGCGGGAGACGGCGUCAACGUCGUGGUGACCGGGGGCAGGCUGGCUCACACAGACUUUGACGAGAUGUACUCUACGUUCAGUGGGGUCUUCUUAUAUCCUUUCCUUUCUCACCUCUAGGGUGACCAGGGAGAGGCUGGAAAAAGAUAGCUGUAAAAACUCUUGAGCUUUAAUAUAUUUGGUUUCGUAUGUCACGGGGGCACUGGGCUGGUUUC